GCCAUUGCUAAACAUAUAUGAACCCCUUUGACAAAAAAAAAACAUAUAUUAACCCUAAAUCUCCCAUUUCUUCCUCAGCUUUCCCUUUCUUGAUAACAUCAUUUCAUUUUUCAGAAUUAAAAAAAAAAAAUCAUUGCAGCAAAUGGCAGGGCAGUCAAGAAAAUGGAUGAUACUAGUAGCUACAACAUGGAUACAGGCAUUUACAGGGACAAACUUCGAUUUUUCAUCCUACUCUUCCACCUUAAAAUCUGUUCUUGGGAUAUCUCAGGUUCAGCUUAACUACUUGGCUAUGGCUUCUGAUUUGGGGAAGGCUUUUGGGUGGUGUUCUGGGUUGUCUCUUAUGCAUUUUCCUUUGUGGGUUGUCUUGCUCAUAGCUGCUUUCUUGGGAUUUUUUGGUUAUGGUCUUCAAUGGCUUGUCAUUUCCAAGAUCAUCACUUUGCCUUAUCUUCUGGUAUUCUUCCUAUGCUUGAUGGCUGGAUGCAGCAUCUGCUGGUUCAACACAGUGUGCUAUGUUCUGUGCAUAAACAACUUUGCAACAAACAAAGCAUUAGCAUUAUCUCUUACCAUCAGUUACAAUGGAGUUAGUGCUGCAAUCUAUACCCUUAUUGCCAGUGCAAUAAACCCUCAAAAUGAUACCCUUUACCUCCUCUUAAAUGCAAGUGUUCCUCUUUUUGUGUCUGUUCUUGCACUUCUCUCUAUCCUACCCCAACCACCUCAGCGGCACCUUUCCCCUGAUGCAACCCACCGUGACUCUUUCAUUUUCAUUGUCCUCAAUGUUCUAGCCAUUAUCACUGGCUUAUAUCUCCUCCUCUUGGAUUCAUUAUCCUCUUCUUCAACAGCAUGCUUCCUUCUUGGGGGUGCCAUUCUUCUGUUAGUACUUCCCCUAGGCUUGCCGGGCAUUGUGUGUGCAAGAAACUGGGCUAGGCAUACCAUCCAUAGAAGUUUCCAUUAUGAUCGUUCAAGCUUCAAUUUGGUUGAUACUGAUGAUCUUGAUCUUGAUCUUGUUAAAGAACUCAUGGGAAGUGAAAACAGCAACAGCUCAAAUGGCAAUUCUCAUGGGGUGAUGGAGAAAGGGGGUUGUUUCGCUUGUUCGGGAAGGGUAAUGGAGAAGAAUAGGUUUCCUAUGCUAGGUGAAGAGCACUCAGCUCCAGCCCUAGUGUGUAGAUGGGAUUUUUGGAUAUACUAUGUUGUGUAUUUCUGUGGAGGGACAAUAGGGCUGGUUUAUAGUAAUAAUCUAGGACAGAUUGCACAGUCUCUUGGAUAUUCAGAUCUUAGUUCCCUUGUUACUCUCUACUCAUCAUGCUCGUUCUUCGGUCGCCUGCUCUCAGCCGCCCCAGAUUUCCUGCGUGACAAGGUGUACUUUGCGAGGACCGGGUGGUUAGCACUCGCAAUGGUGCCAACACCAAUUGCCUUCUUCUUGCUCGUUGCAUCAGGCAGCGAGAGAGCAUUGCGGGCUUGCACGGCUCUGAUUGGAUUAAGCUCUGGGUUUGUGUUUUCAGCAGCUGUGUCAAUCACAUCCGAGCUAUUUGGGCCAAACAGUGCUGGAGUCAACCACAACAUCCUCAUCACCAACAUCCCUAUUGGAUCACUCCUCUAUGGUCUUCUUGCGGCUGUAGUGUACGACUCCAAUGCAGGAAGCACCAGCUUGUUGGACACCCUGUUGGGAAAAGAAAUGGUGUGCAUGGGUAGAGAAUGCUACUUGAAAACAUUCAUAGCCUGGGGUUGCAUUUCACUGGUAGGCCUAGUUUCAAGCACUGUACUUUUUCUUCGAACCAGACCUGUGUAUGCCUGUUUCGAAAGCAGCCGAAUAGGACACUCUCCUCUUAACCAAGAAAUUCCCCUUUUGUGACAAGGACCUGAAGUAAUGUUUAGCUUUGAAAUGUCAGUAGGUGGGAUAUCAAGAUGAACUAGAAAAAGGUCACAGAAGAAAAUACAAGUACACAGAUAAUGUCGGAUUAAAGGAGAAAAGAAGGGACAUGCAAAUUACUGUGAAAGAAAAAUUAAUUCUGAGAACAUGCAAAUUAAAGAAGAGACACUGAAGUAGAAGGGACAAAAUUCCUGUUAAGAGGAGGACUUGCAGUUGAAUGUCAAUAGGGCAUAUCCUUUCUCACGUCCCUUUAGAAUAAGGGUGUUGGACACUUCUUUCUUUAAUUAACUUUUAAAAUGAUUCAAAUUUAACAUGAUAUUAAAGUCUCUCCAUUUGA